CGUUGUAAAAAUCAUCACAAUUAAAAACCAAUUAAUCAGAGAGUAACGAGACUCUCGAGAAAGUUGAUGCGUUUGUAAACCGCAGAUAAGUCACUGCACAUUGCAGUGUGCGGUAUCAGUGUAGUCGCAAAAGCGAGGAACAGACUUCUCUCAAACCCGAACCCGAUACGAGACUAUCGCGGAAAAUUGCCCGAUUGUCACCCGAGGAAUUUCAAAUUACGAGUUAUCGCGGUAAAUGAGUUCUGUGUUUACAAACAGUGCAUCGGCUCUAACCUAAAAGUUUUGAGUGUGUUGAGUGGGUGCAGUUGCAGUGCAUUCCAGCGUGCAUUGACCCACUGUCUAUAGCUAGCGCUCGAAACAACCUGUGGCACCGAUGUUAUCGCUACUUUAACUCGUAAACAAAGGGAUUGGAGCAGACAUUUGUCGGAAAUACUCGAUUAGGAAUUUUAUUCUGAUAGCAUUUUUUAUUAUUUUUAAUCUGCAAUGGUCGUGACUCGAUUAUUGAAUGUCAUUAAUUUCAAGGGAGAUACGGGAAAGAAAAAUGGGGAUUUAUCAACGAAAAAGGAUUCAUGCUGUUUACAGACAGUUUCUGAGAAUGCUAGACUCGAUGCAACUUCGCCACCAACGGAAGACGAUUUGGAGCUGUGGGACCACUCCGGGUUCAUGCUGAGGAAUGACUUUGACGACCACCUUACGCACUCAAAGUGGGGAGCGCAAGGCUGGUGUCGCCCCAGCUGCAUACCCAUCAGUAUAAUUCUCGUCCUAAUAGUCCUCGUAGUUCUCCUGCCCCUCUUAGAUCACGCAGAGCCCAAACACUUCAGCAAUUCCAGAAAUGACUCGGAAUUCAUGUGCAUGAAUGGCUGUAAAAUAUCGCUGGUGGAGUCAAUACCCGUUGGCCUCAUAUACGAUAACAAUUCAGUUGUUCAUAAGAGUACUUAUCUCACGUGGAUGGAUCUUAUAAACUCGGCCGAGAGCACCAUUGAAAUUGCUGCCCUUUAUUGGACCAUGAAUAGGGAGGAUGUCUAUCCCGAUGACAGUGCUAAAGACGGAGAAGAUGUGUUCGAUGCCCUCGUGGAUGCGGGCAGGAACCGAGGAAUCUCCAUAAAAAUAGCACAAAAUGCUCCCAGCCAAUCAAAUCCCAACGUCGACAGUGAAUACCUAACGAAAAAAGCCCACGCAGAGGUGAGGAGUUUGAAUUUCGCUGGAUUACUAGGAGGCGGCGUUCUUCACACGAAAUUAUGGCUGAUUGACCGUACCCACGUUUACGUCGGCUCUGCCAACAUGGACUGGAGGUCUCUCACGCAAGUGAAAGAACUCGGUCUCGUCGCCAUGAAUUGCUCGUGUCUCGCUAAUGAUCUUGCCAAGAUUUUCGAGGUUUAUUGGCAGCUCGGGAAGGAGGGGAAAGUGCCCGCCACUUGGCCUGAUGCACUCAGUACAAAAAUCAAUGUUAAUAGAACAAUGAAUUUUACGCUAGAUGAUAAUAAAUAUAAGAGUUUCAUUGCUAGUUCACCACCCCCAUUAUCCCCAAAGGGACGCACAAACGAUAUCGAUGCAAUUCUCCACUGCAUCGAUAAAGCCGAGAAAUUCGUCUACAUAUCAGUAAUGGAUUACUUUCCCCUGACCAUCUACACAACGAAGGUAAAAUACUGGCCAGUGAUAGACGACGCACUGCGCUCGGCUUCCAUUGACAGACGAAUCACAGUGAGACUGUUGAUAUCCUGGUGGAAGCACUCGAGACCCUCUGAGGACACAUUCCUCAAAUCACUGAUGGAUCUCACCAAUUCUUACAAAAACGUGAGAAUCGAAGUGAAAAGAUUUAUCGUCCCAACGAAUGCAGAUCUGGACAAAAUUCCAUUUGCGCGAGUGAAUCACAAUAAAUAUAUGGUGACAGAUAUUGCCGCGUAUAUUGGCACUAGCAAUUGGUCUGGUGAUUAUUUCAUCAAUACUGCUGGUAUUGGGAUGGUGUUUGAGGAUGCUGAUCACAACAACAACCACAGUAUUCGUCAGCAGCUGGAGGAAAUAUUUCUCCGAGACUGGAAUUCCCCGUACGCUCAUUCCAUGAACGCAUCCUGCUUCAAUCGUCGGGAGGAGCAGACGAAGCCCAAAAUCAAUCACUUCAUGCCGUUUCAGAGCCACCAUAUCAGGGCGUAGCUAGGAUACAAAACAAUUUUUUUUAGGAUUUUUCUCAGUAGUUUAUUUUUUGAUUUGACCAUGAUCUCAAAUUCGCAUUUGAUUUCGCGGAAAAGUGCUCGGAGAGAAAUAUUCAGGAACUCACAAUUCGCUCAUCGAUUGCGGAAUCGACUCAGAAAAUUUAA